AUGGCUGUUGGUAAAAGAAUCCACCUGCAAUGCAGGAGACCCUGGUUCAAUUCCUGGGUUGGGAAGAUCUGCUGGAGAAAGGAUAGGCCACCCACUCCAGUAUUCUUGGGCUUCCCUUGUGGCUCAGCUGAUAAAGAAUCCACCUGCAAUGUGGGAGACCUGGGUUCGAUCCCUGGGUUGGGGAGAUCCCCUGGAGAACUGAAAGGCUACCCGCUCCGGUAUUCUGGCCUGGAGAAUUCUGUGGACUCUAUUGUGGGGUCAGAGAGUCAGACACGACUGAGCAACUUUCACAAGUUUAUGCUUAUGUUUCCUCUACCUCACACAAUGCUUGUCUCCUUAUUCAUGUGUGUACCUAAACUUCUGAGAGGAAGCAGUCCACCCUUGUGCUCCAUUAAACUUCUCUUGCUAAAGUUACCAGUGGUAUCACACCAAAGCCAAGUCAAUUCUUGA